AUGACUUUGAGCAUAGCUGACUUUACUUUGGACACAAGCCCAAGCCCGCCUGGCAUCUUGACCAUAACCCUUCACGAAGGUGCUGGCUUCUCGACGGUAGACUACUACAGACAGAUCUCCAACAACGAUCUAUCCAGCGAUGCUACCAAAGUCCAUCCAUCGCAAUAUCUCGGGGGGAGCUUCGUGUAUGCGCUUUUGAACUAUGAAAUGUCCCAAGUGACGGUCGAGUCGUUUUUCGGUACCAGCGAAGGUCCUACAUGGGGAGUAGGAUAUUACGCAGAACGCGAGCUGUUCGUCUCCUGCUUGGCAGACUUGACUGUUCACCUCUAUAUCGGAGGCCACAGCACGGUAGACCAGGACAUCUUCCUCGGUAUGACACGGGUCAACCUGUUCGAGAGAUACAAAACGCCCGAGUCACUAUGGCUGGAACUACGGGACGGAGCCGGUAGGAUCCGCGUCAGCUUUAAAUAUCGACAUAUCGAGGAUAAACCAUUGAAAAACGCAGACUUUGAGUACAUCACUAAACUUGGGAAACCUCAUACUGUCUCCUAUGGAAAGGAAGCAGACCAGAAGACAUUCGUUGAGAAAAAGAUUGAUAUUUCCAAAGCACAAUAUAUCACAACUAAACAACCCCAGAUUAAUCACCCAUUUAUCGCACCACUCUCACUUACCUUCAAUCUACAAGGAACGCUGUACCUGCUCUCUCCUUUCGUCAGUGGUGGACAUCUUUUUCGCCAUAUUCAAAAGCAGCGGUCUUUUGAUAUCGAGAGGUCACGGCUCUAUACUGCCGAGAUUCUUUGUGCGUUGGACUAUCUCCACAAUACCCAUGGUAUAAUAUCCUGGCUAAAGCCUGAAAAUGUCCUUCUGGACUCCUUGGGCCAUAUAGUCCUAUGCGGGUUUAGUCUCUUUACUAGAGAACGCGAUACCUACACGAUGCCAGAGUACCCAGCUCCAGAAUUACUCCUCAAUCAUGGAAAGUCAAAGUCAGCGGACUGGUGGACACUUGGAAUUUUCCUCUACGAAAUGCUAAUUGGGCUACCAGCAUAUUUUGAUGAUGACCCCAAGAUGAUAUAUCAAAGGAUACUCAAUCUCGACCAGCCUAUCGAGUUCCCCGAGUCCAUCCCCCCAACUGCCAAAGAUAUUAUAACUAAACUUCUCGACCCCAGGCCUGAACGACGCCUCGGAGCCAAUGGGGGGGCUCCCGAAAUCAAAGCUCACCCAUUCUUUGACGAGGUCGAUUGGCACAAGCUUGAUUUGCGGGAGUACAGGCCUCCUUUUCGGCCUAACUAUGUAAUGUGGUCCUUUGGACGUUAUGGGUUCCCUAUGUCAAUGCCGGAUGAGUUUGAUGGGUUUCAAUACAACAAACCACUGCUCAGAAGAAACACUAUAAUUGAAAACAAUAGUUCUACCCUAAAAUGCAAGGUUGAAACCUAUCAGGUGGUUGUUGAUGACGACUGGGAGCUUAUCUGGGAGAACGGUCUACGGAUAUUCUAUUUCUACAACCGCUUUACAGAGGCAAAACAACCAAUUCCUCAGGCUGUGGCUCCCAAUGAUAAUACUUCAAAUGCAACAACCCCUAGCCAGGCCCAGAAACAAGCGGUACUCGAGGCUGCAUUGCGAGCUGGAUAUAAUCACGCAAUCUCACAGCUACUAGAAUAUGGCAUAGACUUGAACACAAAUAUCUUCGUUACUAGUACUUCUGGAGGUAAAAGUCCACUAGAAUGGGCUACAGAGCAUGAAAACUAUAAUCUAGUGACUCUUUUCCUUGAUAUGGGUGCCGAUGCAGGUUUCUCUACGUUAAAAACAGCUAUGGACAAAAGGAACCAUAACAUUAUCAAGGCCGUGGUACAAAAAUCUAACCGAAUAGCUUCCACAAGGGCCCUUGGUCUUUCUAUAGAUCAACAAGAUAUUACCAUGGUCACAUUCCUCUUGGAAAACGGUGUUCAGUGCAACUUUCAAGAGGAAGAUCGGCCUUCUCCCGAAUAUCGCCCUAGUGGCAGCGCCUUUGACCAUGACUGCCCUUUAUACCAUGGCUCCUGGCCACAAGAGUUUAUUCCUCCGCUCGUUCGGGCAGUUAAGCAUGGUUACAUUGACAUUGCUCGGCUACUACUUAAUUACAGGGCAGAUGUUAAUGUCGGCUACCAUGAUCUAGGAUGGGACUUAACUGAGAGUCACGGACGAGGGAAAAUUUCAUUCUCAUGUGGCAGGGUUAUUCAGUUGGCAAUGGAGUUAGGACAUCUAGAAAUUGUCCAACUGUUACUUGCCAGUGGCGCAGAUAUUGACCUUAUACACCCUACCUGGUGUGUGCCGGGACAUGAGUGCCAUCCAGGAUCAAGGGCCGUGUAUCAGAAAGUUACAGCCAGCUUAAGGGUAUCAGCAAAAAAUAAAGGCCAAAUGGCCACUAUAUAA